GGUGGAUCCGUGAGAUCAACUAACGUCAAAGCAUGAUACAGUCAGAAGCAUGGAUGAGAGACCGAGGCGAAGAACUCAGGGAAGAAGUAAGGAGAAUGUUCCAGGACAAUAACGAUGCGACACAAACCAUGCAUUUGAUCGAUACGAUUCAGCUUCUUGGACUCGAUUACCACUUCGAGGAGGAACUAACCGAAGCUUUGAAACGAGUCUACGAUGCUGAUAGCGCCAACGAUGGACUGUACGAGGUUUCACUCAGAUUCCGACUGCUUAGGGAGAAAGGAUACAGCGUGACCUCCGAUGUCUUCGACAAGUUCAAGGAUGAGGGAGGGAGCUUCUCAACAACCUUGACUGAGGAUGUAAAAGGGCUGCUAAGCUUAUACAACGCGGCUUACCUUGGAACUCACGGAGAGACCAUACUUGAUGAAGCUAUUUCUUUCACACGGAUUCACCUUACGUCCAUGGUUCAUGAUCUCAACCCACCUAUGGCAACGCUAGUGUCUCUUGCCCUCGAGACCCCUCUUCGCAGAAGCAUAAAAAGGCUUUUCGCAAGGCAUUACAUCUCCAUCUACCAGGAGGAGCCAACACGAAACGAUAAGAUCCUAGAGCUCGCAAAGCUGGACUUCCAUAUACUGCAAUCUCUUCAUCGUCGAGAGCUCAAGGACGUCUGCAUGUGGUGGAAGGAUUUAGCCCUAACCAAAACCCUAAGUUUUGCUCGAGAUCGAGUGGUAGAAGCAUACUACUGGAUACUGGGUGUAUACUACGAACCCCUGUUUUCACGUGCACGGGUAAUGACUACCAAGAUAGUGCUCAUUACCUCCAUCUUGGAUGAUAUCUAUGAUGACUAUAGCACAUUAGAGGAGAGCCAACUACUCACUGAUGCCAUCCAAAGGUGGGACUUUGAGGCUGUUGAUCAGCUCCCGGAGUACUUAAAGGACUUCUUUCUCAAGCUUCUAUUCGCUGUUCGAGAAUUCGAAACUGAGCUUGCAGCGGAGGAGAAGUUUAGGAUAUUUUACCUCAAGGAAGCAUUGAAGUCUCAAGCUAGAGCUUAUUUUGAGGAAUCCAGAUGGAGGGAUGAGAAAUAUGUGCCCACAUUAGAAGAACACCUGGAGGUUUCCAAGAUGAGCUCCGCGUAUCCCUUGUUUGCUUCUGCCAUUUUGGUUGGCAUGGGGGAAGUCGCAACCAAGGAAGCAUUUGAAUGGGUUGCUAGUUUUCCCAAGAUCGUCGACGCUUCUGCUGCAAUCGGUCGAAUCAUGAAUGACAUCACUUCGUAUGAGAGAGAAGGGAAGAGAGAACAUGUUGUCUCCACAGUACACUGCUGCAUGAAAGAGUAUGGAACAUCCAUAGACGAUGCAUGCAAGAAGCUCCAAGAAAUGGUGGAAGACGCAUGGAAGGAUAUAAACCAAGAGUGCCUCAAUCCGACCACAUUCCUCGCCCCGCUACUCCAAACGUCACUCUAUUUUACACGAAUCUUAGAGAACGUGUACAAGUACAUCGAUGCAUACACCGAAUCUAACACUACAAUGAGAGAGUGCAUCUCCUUGUUGCUUGUUCAACCUGUUCCUAUAUGAUCGUGUCAUCCAUAGUAUGAAGCAUUUUCC